AUGACAAAAGAUUCCAUCAUGAAACUCAACAAUUUGCCAUCAAAUGGCAUCCUCAUUUUGCUGAUUUUUAUCACAUUAAAUGCGAGAUUUAUAUAUGCUGACGAUGCCACGACGACAACAACAACACUCGAACCAGAGGCUGUAACUGGUUGUGCACCCCCUGAUUUUAAGGUUUCACGUUCCAAAGGAAAAAUGGCAACAACAGAACAACCAUUUGUAACUUUUGAAACAACGACUCUUUAUUUGCCACAAGAUUUUACAUCACACGAUUUAGAGUUUGUAGAUGGAAAGGCGAAAGAUAAAACAGGAAGCAUCGUGAGCGAGCAGAUAGAUAAAAAUACACAAAAGGAUGCCUCAAAUGUAAAAGAGAAUCCUUAUUGGUUUGAGGAUUGGAUUGUAAAGGAUGCUGAACCUCAUUAUCAUUCUGAAAGUAAUGUCCAUCAUCAACAUCAUCAUCAUCAUAAUACACGUCGUGCAAAAAGAAAUCACUAUAGGAAAUUAAAGACAAUACAUGGCAUCAGCAACAGUAUGAGACUUAAUGAAAGAAUCCUGGCAAAGCGAAGUGUUGACUAUCAAGAUGAUGAAAUAAUAAUGCCAGAUGAGGUUUUAUCACCCUCAGAUGUCAUCGAGAAUAUUUUUAAUGCAAAUGAUACAAUUCAAGGUAACAUUAACGGAUUAACCGGAAAUAGAGAUGUUGAUUCAGAUCUGUAUGACCUUGAAGACAUUUUAGAAGAAUUAAGGGAGCUCGAGGCAAAUAAUAAAUUUCAUGAAGGUGAUAUUAUCUCAAAGAGCAGCAAAACGCGAGUAAAGAGAAAAUCCGCAGGCAAAACAACAUCAGCAUUAAAUAGGCCCAAAUCAUCAUCGGAUUCGAAGAAGACAUCAACUGGCCGCAAAACUCACGGAACGAUAGAUGAUGAUGGGCAAUUUCAAAUUGAUGACUCUGAUGAGGAAAGAGUUCAGUCAAAAGAAACAGAUAAAGACAGCGAUGAGGUAGAAGAACCACCCGAACAAGGACAAUUUAGGGAAGUUUCUGAAGUACGUUUUCCAGCAGAAGUUGGACCUUUAGGGACGCAUAGAAACUGUAAAAUUAAAUGUAUUGAUGGGAUGUGGCAGGGACCACUGUGUGCCGUGCUCGAACAAGAUGAAGGAGGUCAAAUCAAAUAUGAACCUUUAUAUAAGCGAUGUGUUGUUGAUGGUAUCCCUCAACAUCUUUUACUCUCUUAUAAAAAUGUUUCUGUCACUCUAAAUUGGGAUCUACCACAUGGUCAUACAUUACAAGCACGUUGCGCAGAUUUGGGUUUAUAUAAACUUGUUGGUGAGGCAAAAGUGUUGUGCAGCAACGGUUUAUGGGCUCCAAAACUACCACAAUGUGUCCCAACAACUCUCCUUACAAAUUAUUCUGAUGAUAGCCCACCAUCAAUUCGCAUUAAAGUCGGUGUUGGUUCUGCAAGUUAUGAACCUUCUGGAAUGCUCGCAGUAUUGCCUGGAAGUACAUUACAUUUGGAUUGUAUGUAUCCACGAAAGAAAGGAAGUCCAGAAUGGACAUGGACUGGAUGGUUUAGACAAUAUUUAACUGGAUGGAGUGCUGUUCCGGAAGAAAAAGCUUCAAGAUAUCGAUUGUCAAUAAAAGAUGUUCAAAUGCAAGAUUCUGGUACAUAUACAUGUGCCUCACCCAGAGGAUUGACAAAUAGUAUAACAAUCGUUGUUGCAGUAUCUCAAUGUCCUACUAUGUCAGAACCGAGUUUACCACUGUCGUUACGUUUGGAAGGUAUCAAAUUGGGUCAAAGAGCAAUCUACAGGUGCCAAAUGGGAUAUAUUCUCCAAGGAAACGCUAAUCUGACUUGCCUGGCAAGUGGAAACUGGAGUUCACCACCACCUUCUUGCAUACCAAUACAAUGUCCACCACUCUUCCUCGAGGAUCCACAUUUAAGCUUAAUUGAAUUAAAUACAAGUGCUUGGGGACGCGCUGUCUUUUCAUGCUCGUGGGGAUAUAAAUUAAGCGGCCCAUCAACUCUUGAAUGUCUUGCAUCUGGUCAUUGGAGUCAAGCUGUUCCAAGAUGUCGUGCAAUUCAAUGUCCCCAGCCUCUUAUUCCGUUAAAUGGUAAAAUAGAUUCAACAUCUGGAGUUUUUCCUGGUCAAAGAAAAUAUGCUGUCGGUGCUUUACUGACGUUUAGUUGUAAUGAAGGGCACGUACUGCAAGGAGAAACGUCUAUUGUGUGCUCGGAAACAGGCUUUUGGUCGAAUAUUCCGCCUAUCUGUAAAGCACAAUGUCCAUAUCCAGGUGACCCUGUUAAUGGAUUAAUUGCACCCUUGAAGUUCUUUUAUGAUCCUGGCGACUACUUAUCGGUACAAUGUCGUGAAGGCUUUGUUGUUCAUACAACAGAUAGUGGAUUACCGGAACGACCAAAAUGUUUGCAAGAUGGAACGUGGUCUGCGAAAGUUCCCGAGUGCAAAAGCUUCGAGGAAGUCUAA